ACCAGCAGCGGGAGGGGGAGGAGGAGGUUUUUGGCCUCUGAAUGGAUGAACUUCGGAUUCUCCUCUUCCGUUUCCAGCACUUCAACAGCCGGAGAAACCAACAACUAUUAGUAGUGAGCGAUCGGGGGCACAGGACCUCGGGCAGAGGGAGGGCACACCCAUACCCCGUGUGUGUGACAGAUGGGCAUGCUGGCUUGUUCGCAGGUCCCAGAUGUGAGUGGCUGGUGAUUGUGCGUGGCAUGCUGCGGGUGCAGUGUGGUACCCUCGCCUGCCUGAUUUUGUGCUUUGUGCCUGAGUGCAUGUAGGCAGUGCCCCCCUCGGCUGCCACUGUAAGGCACUGUGUGAUCGCUGCUGUACGUUAAGCAGCCUUUGUGUGUAUGUGACUGCCUUGUGAUUGGGCAUAUUUGCUGAGGGUGCCAGUCAGCCUUUUACCCUGCCAGUUUGGGUGCCAAUAGUGAUCGUGCUGGGUAAAGGGAAGACACCAUGAAGAAGUUUUCUAGGAUGCCAAAAUCAGAGAGUGGAGGAGGAGGAGGACCAAGCCUGGGUACAGGAGCAUCUGGAAAUGUUAUCACUGGAGGGGUGACCGUGGGCAGAGGGUUCACCGUGGGACGUCACCAGGUCACUGUGGAAGAGCUGGUCGCAGAAGGUGGUUUCUCAACUGUGUUUCUUGUUCGAACUAAUGGAGGACUACGUUGUGCUCUGAAGAGAAUGUAUGUUAACAAUGUGCCUGACCUUAAUAUUUGCAAGAGAGAAAUAACUAUUAUGAAAGAGCUAUCCGGCCAUAAGAAUAUUGUUGGAUAUUUAGACUGUGCAAUUAACUCGGCUAGUGAUAACGUUUGGGAGAUCCUUAUCCUCAUGGAGUACUGCAGAGCUGGACAAGUUGUGAACCAAAUGAACCAGAGGCUGCAGUCAGGAUUUUCUGAAGCGGAGGUCUUGAGGAUAUUCUGUGACUCAUGUGAAGCGGUUGCCAGACUUCAUCAGUGCAAAACCCCAAUAGUCCAUCGGGAUCUAAAGGUUGAGAACAUUUUGUUAAAUGACAAUGGAAAUUAUGUGCUGUGUGACUUCGGUAGCGCAACAAACAGAUUUCUCAACCCACAAAAAGAUGGAGUAAACAUAGUGGAAGAGGAAAUUAAAAAAUAUACCACGCUUUCAUACAGAGCACCUGAAAUGAUCAACCUUUAUGGAGGAAAGCCAAUUACCACAAAGGCUGAUAUAUGGGCAUUGGGCUGCUUAUUAUACAAACUUUGCUUUUUCACCCUUCCAUUUGGAGAAAGUCAAGUUGCUAUCUGUGAUGGGAGUUUCACCAUACCAGACAGUUCUCGAUACAACCACAAGUUGCAUUGUUUGAUUAGGUACAUGCUUGAACCUGAUCAGGAACGAAGACCAGACAUCUAUCAAGUUUCCUAUUUUGCCUUCACAUUAGCCAAGAGAGAAUGUCCAGUACCUAACGUAUAUAAUUCCACAAUCCCUCAAGUUCUUCCAGAACCACUAACAGCAAGUGAGGCUGCCUCUAAAAAGUCUCAGAUUAAAACUAGAAUAACAGAUUCACUUGGGCCCACAGAAACAUCCAUUGCGCCAAGACAGAGACCUAAGGCAUUUUCCAGUACAGCCCAGACAAAGGUGCUCAAUAUUCAAAAUACUGCAACCCCUGUUAAGAUGCCAGCACAGAGUGCUCAAAGUCAGCAGAUCCACAAUGCAGCUACAGAUACAACUCCACGGCCUGGCAAUGGGCCUAGCACACUGUUGAGUCAGGAAAGUAGCCAGCAGUCCUUCCAGCAGCACAGAGUUUUACAGCAACUUCAACCUGGAGACUGGAGGUUACAGCAGCUACAUCAAUUGCAGCAGCAGCAACUGCUCCAGGACACCUACAUAAAGCAGUAUCAACAGUAUCAACAGCAGUUUCUUCAGCAACAAUAUUUGAUGCACUCCAUAUACCACCAACAACAUAUCCCACCUCAAUAUCCAGCCAUGGUUCAUCAGUAUCAACAGGCUCCGUUAAAACAGCAGCAGCAAGCCAUGGUCCAUCUUCAGUCUCACCCUCCUCAGUAUCUGUCUUCUCCUCAGCAGUUCACUCCAACCUUAGUAUCAUAUGCCACUCCUCACCUGGAGCAUGUGGGAGCAAUGAGAAACUUGUGUAAUACUAACAUGUCUGCAGGUGUACCAGAAAAGGAACCCACUUCUAAUUUACCAAAACAGAACAGCAACAACCCCCCGGAUAUGUCAGGCUGGAAUCCAUUUGGUGAUGAUAACUUCUCCAAGCUAACAGAGGAAGAGUUGCUGGACAGGGAAUUUGACCUCCUGAGAUCAAAUAAACUUGAGGAGUGUAGGCCAUUCUCAGUCACAAUUCCUGCCUCACAAAGCAAACACUCUGAAGAUGCAUUUGGUUCUGUUCCAUUUAUUUCUGCUUCAGGUUCACUUGGACAAAUAUCUGACACUCUAUUAGAUGUGGAAGAAAUUUCAAAAGUAUCAACCAAAGUUGAAAAACAAAAUGUCUCCCUGAAAGGGCAAAAGCAACAGCAAAAUGUCCAAAUAAAGUCUUCACAAAAGGCCUCAAGGGAGUGUGCAGACUCUGAAAGUGACUUUGAGUCAGAUCCUCCUUCACCGAAGAGCAGUGAAGAUGAUGAUCCAGAAGAUGAAGAAACUUUACAUGGAGACCAAGGCAUCUUCCAUGAAGACAAUGACACUGAGCCAGAGAUCACUGGACAAAGGCCUCUGUUAAUGGAUUCAGAAGAAGAGGAGGAGGAAGAAAAGCACAGUUCAGAUUCAGAUUAUGACCGCACAAAAACAAAAAAUUCCAAUGUGAAGCUAAGUAGACCAGUAGGUGCCACUGAGAGUCCUAGGGAAAAUACAACUAAUCCACAGCUAGAUGCAUUUGGUGCUAUACCAUUUUAUUAUCUAAAUACACAAAAAGUUCCAGAAGAACAAUGUAUAAAGGAAGCACAACCAGUUAGGAUGGAUCAAAAAGGAAAAGACGAAUUUGAUGUAUUUUCUCAAGCACCAUUCAGUCGAAAAUUAGACAUGCAAGAUGGUCAGGUCACGUCUCCAGUUUCUCCAGGUAAUGUUGAUGUCUUUGGCUGCUCACCCUUUUACCCUUAUUCAGUGCAGGAAGAAAAGAUUUGUAGUGGAGAGGACAUUUUUGGUUUGGUGCCAUUUGAAGAAAUAGCUGGAAACCAUACCCAGCAAAAAGUAAAGCAACAACGCAAUCUGCAGAAAAUAUCAUCUUGUCAGAGACGCACAAAACAGGAACCAGCAAACAACAAUGGAAAGCGUCACCAUGGCACUCCAUCAAGCACAAAAAAGACAGCCAAGCCCAGUUACCGCACUCCUGAAAAAGUCCGCCGUCACAGAAAAGGGGGAAGACGUGACUCACAGAGCAGCAACGAAUUUCUUACUAUUUCUGACUCAAAGGAAAACAUUAGUAUUUCUCUUAAUGAUGUUAAAGAUCGCAACAAUAUGUUACAAGCAGAUGAAAGUAUGGUGGACCCUUUCAGUGCCAAACCGUUCCAUCCUCAAGAUUUGAGGCAACCUCAACAUCAUGGUCUUGGAGAUAACCGUGGCGAUCAUCACCCAGCAGCAGCCAGCAGGCCAAGGCAGAGUUCACUGCAUGGAGCUUACCUCAGCAGUGAUAAUACCAAAAUGGAUGACUUUGGUGCCGUGCCUUUCACUGAACUAGUGUUACAAAGUGUAACACAACAACAAAGCCAGCAGCCUCCAUCACAACCAUUAGAUUUAGAUCCAUUUGGUGCAGCCCCUUUUCCUUCAAAGCAGUAAUUACAAUUUUUAUUUAGACUAUUGGAUUGUUAUAUUCUACUUUUAAUACUAAACUAUACAGCUCUCUUAGAUAACACAAAGCAUUAUCUUUAGCACAUUUUUAACACCUAGACAAUGUCUGGGAGCAUAUUUAUAUUUUUUAUUGUUAUUUUAAAUACUAUGGCGAAAUUAUAAUAGCUUUAAUAUAUGUCUCACACAUUCCUUCUUGAAACUUGCACUUCUGGAGUAGUGUAAAUGUUCCUAUUAGCUGGUAUAACAUACAAAUGUGUCCUUCCUUACCUUGGCUCUUGGUUUCAGAUAUCCUGGAAUGCGUGGUGUGAAAUGAUCAGCGUU